CCGUUGUUUUAUGAACAACUUCGUCCGUAUCUGUUGGAUGAAGCGGCCUUGGUGAGUAACGGAUUCCCCCGUGAGGACAAAACACCCAAUGCUCCACGUGGUCGUGCUAUCCUGACUGUGCCCGAGGACAAACGUGCCGUGUACUCAUCUUGUCAAGGUACUAUAAUAUAA